AUGGAUAACGAAAGUGAUAGUGAAGAUGACGACUCAAUAGAUAUAGAUACAGCAAAGGAAUCAAAAAACCCUUAUUUCAAGCGUGUUGGAAAAUUAUUUUUAUUAUUAGCAGUCAUAGUUGGUAUUUUAGUAGUGAUUUUACCCACUACACUAGAUUUAAAAUUAAAUACAAAUGCUGUAAUUUUUAGAAUUUUAUUUGGUAUCUUUAUGUUUUGUUUAUUUUUAUGCAUUUUAAUGAUAUAUGUAGUGGGUUCGAGUGGGGAGGCUUGGGAAGAUCCUAGCGUUAUGGAUAUACACUUUAAUUUUACCAAUAUUAUUAUUAUUGUUGGUAUUAUUAUAGAGUUUAUACAGGUUUGCUCUUUUUCAUUCAAUCUGGGAAGCCAAUUUACUGGUUCCGAACAAUUGCGUUGGUUUAACUAUGCGGCCGUGCCAGCACCAAAUAAAAGUUUUAGAGUAUUGUAUUGGAUAUUGUUUGUUUUUGCUUUCUCUCCAUAUAUUUUCGUAGUUUCUGUUAGAUUAAUUUUGUAUUUUAUGACAAGAAAAAUGGGUGAAAAUUAUACAGCAAAUUUUAUUGCAAAAUAUCAACAAAAGAUUUAUUCAGUUUUAUGGUUUUUAGUUAAUACAAUGUAUUUACCAGUUAUUAGUACAAUGUUUGGAGGCGAAGAUUGCUCAGUAAGAACCAAUAACAAUGUAACAACAGCAACAUUAGAUAGUGAUCCAAAUAUUAGUUGUUUCAAAGGUUUACAUAUAUCAUUUAUGAUUUGUUCAUUGAUUGCACUUGUAAUAUAUUAUCCAGCUGCAUCUUUUGCUCAGUCUCAAACUCAGAAUAUUUCAGAAAUCAAGUUUAAACCAAGAGUCGUAUUUAUAUUUGCACAAGGUAAAGUUGUUUUGGCCGCAAUGACAGUCUUUGCCACAACUUUAAUUACAACUUAUUUAGGUGCUGUAUUGGCAGUUAACAUUAUAUUUUUAAUUAUCAACAUUGUCCUAAAGCCAUGUCUUGUCGAUUGGGUAAAUAGAAUGAGAACUGUACUAUAUAGUUUAUGUUUGGUCGCUACAAUUUGCUCAUGGAUAGCAUACGGCGGUGCUCCUUCAGUCCUCCCACUAAUCUUAUUAAUUGUUGGUUGGGUCGGUUUAUCAAUCUUGUUCUAUCUCUUUUAUAAAUUAAAGCCAACUCUUUCAGAUACUUUAAUCUCUUUAGGAAUUCGAAAAAGAAAGAAUCUAAGUGUUAGCCGUUCAAAUAGUACUAUAAAUUCAACCGAAUUAAAUAAAGUUUAA